GAGAGAGAGAGAGAGAAAGAAAGCUGAAAGAGAGGGAGAGGGAGAGGAAGAGAGGGUGUAGGAAUGAAAAGAGGAAGAGUGGAGCGAGGAUAUGGGCGAGAAAUGAGAGAGAAAAAUAUAUUCAUAGUAAGCUAAAGAUUUGCAUGGUUUUGAAUUUAGAGAAAAGGAAAAGAGAAAAGAAUGAAUAUACAUAAAGGUUUUUAGUAUAUAUUUUGCUUUUGAUCUGAUCUGUCUCUCAGACAGACUAGGCUUUUGAGAAAAAAUCUGAAACCUCUCGGAUAUAGUGAUCUUCCCUUUCCACUAUUUUAGCUGAAAACUUGGCUAGGCUUUUGGGUUUGUUCUCUUGACUUCCAAAAUCUGCGAGAUUUUGGAUAUAUGGAAGGUCAGCAGAAUGGCUCAAGAAGAUCAAUCCCAAAGGUGUAGCAAUAGUAAUACUAGCAGUGGUGGUGGGUUUGGAAACAGUGUUGGCAGAUCUUCCAAAAAGCAAAAGCCUAAAAGGGUUCCGCAAAGAGGACUUGGUGUGGCACAGCUUGAGAAGAUAAGACUAGAAGAACAACAAAAGAAAGAUGCAGCGGUAGCUGCUGCAGCAGCGAUUUUGCCAUCACCAUCAUCAUCUGUUAUAUCGCAACCAACUCAUCAUAAAUCAGCAUCCUAUCUUUCUUUGCCAAUCCCGAGUAAUUUCCAUCCUUCAAAUCAAUCUUCUUAUUCUUCAUCUUCUUCUUCAAUUCCGUUUCGUGCUGAUCUUUCACCACCAAAUUCAAUCUUUAGGCCACCUUUGUCUGUUCAAAAUGCUGAUGUUGUCAGUGCAAACACUGUUCCAUUGACCACUGGUUCUCCUCCAGGGUGGCAUCCUGGAGGAGGAGUAGUACUUCCACGAAAUGGCAGUGUUAAUAGUGGUCAUAAAUUGUGGAGUUCUUGUGAGUAUAACAUUGAAAGGGAGUAUUCUGGGUUGGAUCCAGGAUUGGCUUUCAGGGCAAAUUUGAGUUUGCCUUAUGAAUCUGAACCCAUCUGGCCUCCGCAUGGUUUGAUGCAAAGGGCACAACCAUUUCAACAACCUUCUUCUUCAAUGGUGAAUUUGUCGUCAAGAACUUCAUCAACAUCCGUACUGAAUUAUCAGAUGGAGCCCCCUUCAAACCAAAGCUAUUAUGGAAAUUGUACACCUUUAUUGCCUGAAGAGGAGAAGAUGGUUGGCAUGAAGAGAUCAUAUCCCUUCUCUCUGGACAAUGCUCCAGGCCCCCCUCUCCACAGCAAAUAUCCUCCCAUUGUUCAUCCCAUCCAUGGACACGUUGAAGCUGCUUCAAGUAGCAACGGUAGCACAUUCAAUUUCGAACCCGGCACCCCAAAUUUCAGGGAAGGGCCCUCAUGCUCAACCUCGAACUUUGAGUCAAAGUCCAAGAAGAGUAUCAGACAGAAUGGUACCUUGGAUGGAGAUUUCCUCACAUUAGCCCCUCCCACCACAACUACUUCAAUGUGUUCAAGCUCAAAAUUCAAGCACCUUCCACCCAGUUUAAUCUAUUACAAUUGUGCAUUUCCCGACCUCGGGUCAUUAGCUCAUCAGGGAAGCUUGGAAGAUUCAAUCAUCCGUCAAGGAGGUAGCGGAUUAGGUCAGUAUCGACCUUACUAUUGCUUCUUUCCACCAGCUGCAAUGGUGCAAAUUGACCGAGCAACUACAAUAACCAUGGCCAAUUGUAAUGGUGGAGAAGUAGGAGGACAUGUUGAUCUCAAUUUGAAGCUAUAAAAUCUCUUGUGCCUAUUACUUUUGUAUCUUUAGGGGGGCCAAGUUUCUGUUUCCAUGAGAACAUACCUAGAAUCUCAUUUUUCUUUCAUUUGACUAUAUCUUAACACAUAACCCCCCUGUAUGAUAUGAUUGAGCAUGAAAAAAAAAAAUUCAAAUCUUAGACUUUGAGUUAUCGAGUUACUGGUUCAAAAGUUGUAUACUCUCAACAAGAAUUGAAUUCCCCAUUCAUCAUAGUAUUUUGUAUAAAUAUUUCUUGUGAUGAUCCGUUUAUCAUGCGGACUGUUGAAUAAGAAAUUAUUAAGUUGACACA